AUCCCAUGCUACAUGUUCGUCUCUUGACUCCUGAACAAGAUGGUCAGACAUCAAACCAAGAACGAGAAGCCACAAAGGACGUGGGGAAGGUGCAACAAAGGCACCAAAACCAAGUGCCAUAAAUAAAGAGAGAGGGAGAGAGAGGAGCUCAGAGAUGGCAAGAUCCAAUGAACAAGACACCCCCAGAUUCUGGUGUCGCAAGCAAGCCAAAAACGAGUAGAGCUACGGUUGUUGUCCCGCAGGAACAGAACAUGGGGAAGAAAUAUAGUGAUGGUGGGGGAAUCCGACACCCACAUGCUGCUGCAUCUUGUCAGGUUCCGUCCUCGAGUAUCGACCCCAUUGCCGCUCCCCUCUCGACCUUUUUUUCCUCGGGUUUCCAAUCAUUUGCCUACCAACACCCACCAUAAUUUCUAUUAGAUUCCUAACCCAAAGAAGAAGAAGAAGAAGAAGAAGAAGAAGAGAAUGUACAUUGAGCAGGUCAACCCUGGGAUUAGCUUCUUCUUUGUCUUGUUUCCCUAGUAAAAUAAUGGCCACUGGAAAUCCGGGGUACUGUAGCAUCUACAUGUGGAAGGAAGAUGAUAGAUAGAUAGAUAGAUAGGUUUUAAUCUUCCUCCACUAUUUGUAAGGCUUAAGUUGGUAGAAUUAGUAGGAAUAAGUUCAUCGAUUAAUGCAUUGACUUGCACCAUUCAUAUGCCAUGCUAUUUUGCUGUCGAAGCUAAAAGUUCCGAAAGACAAAAUACGACUUCGGGUCAGUCGUGCCGUAUGGAAAUGGUCCGCGAAUUUGACGCUCGGAGAUCUUACUGCGGUCAUAAUUCCAAGUCAAAACCUUUGUGGAAUCUACUGGCCAUCCCCUCAUCAUCUCUCAGGACCGAAGCUACGAAAAGAAUAAGAGAACACCGCAAAAAGCAUACCAUAUGAAGUCACCGCUUACCAUUCAUGUACUCCGUAUGUGUCGAGAAAGAGAGAGAGAGAGAGAGAGAGAGAGAGAGAGAGAGAGGUCAUACUGGUGGGACAGGCAGCGUUGCCUUGAAGGACGGAGAGGAUUCCUGAGAGCAUCAUAUAAGGGCAUCAUAUGGCAAGCUCCCAUCCCACGGAUGACAGAAUUGCACAUUCCUUUUAUUUCUCGAUUCAAAAAGAAACAUUCUCCCUCCUCUUCUCUUCUCUUCUCUUCUCUUCCACUCCGAGUAUUAUAUAUCUCGUCUUGCGGCAGAGGACCCUCUGUACCAACAAAGGGCCCAUACAAGGAGCGGAGGAGGAAGAGGAGGCUGCGUUAUCUGCAGCAGUAGAUCGUGUGGUGAUGGGUGUGGAUCACUGGACUCUCGAAGAGGUCACCAUGGACUCAGGCUUUCCUUCUGUCUGGGGGUUUCAUGAGGGCAUCGAGGACUUGAAGCAUAAGCUUCUGUGUGCGACGUCGGAGCUGGAAGCGCUGCGGGCCAAUGCCAAGGAGGAGAUACGGAAGAGCGAGGAGAACAUCGAACAGUUGAUCCACCACCUCCAAGUGAUCACCCACGAACGAGACGUGGCGAGGGAUCAGCUGCAGCUUGUCCUCAACAAGAUCACGCUGCCUGACAGCCCGCAGAUGAGGCAAGCGAGAGGGAGUAGCAGCCUCACCGAGUCCGAUAGCCUCUCGGGGGCUCCCAACCACCAUUCUUACGCCGCAUCUCCCGUCGAUUCCUUCUUCGACAACGUGGGUUCUCCAGAACUGUCGAGCAUGGGCAGACCACAGCGGCAAGCCUCUCAGAGCAGCCCCAACUACGACCGGGCAUCCGCGGUGGUCGAUGGCCUUGCGAUGAGGAAGCCAUUGCCACGCAAGGGGAAGCUGCUGCAAGCGGUUCUGGAAGCAGGUCCUCUGCUGCAGACCCUUCUCCUCGCAGGGCCGCUCCCUCAGUGGCGCAAUCCUCCACCGCUGCAACCAUUUCAAGUUCCUCCCAUGGCCGUCAAACUCCACAACGCUUCACCGCCCAACCAAAAACCUGCAGCGAACCCAAGCAGCAAUUUGGCUUACGCUUCUCCUCCGAACGCAUUUAACCGUGACACCCACGUUUACGGCCUGGCCGUGUCGAAUACGACACCGAAGAGACCGACGACCUCGCAAUGUCUGAAAGGCUUCGAGGAGCCGAGGAUGAAGAGACAAAAGACUCAAUGUAUGUGAAGGAGAUGGUGUUGGCGUAGUUAGGAACCCAUAUAGUCUUGAGAUUACAGUUCAUGCUGUGUGUUCUGUCAUGUUCACGAUGUAAAGAGCAGGAUUUUGUGUUUCCUUA